ACAUUCAUGACGUCACAUGUGCGCCGCAUAGAGACGGCAUGGUUUUCACUUGUCAGGCUGCAGUCUCGUGUUAACAAGUUUCAAUUAACGUUCAUUAACUGUGUAACUUGUUAAACAACAUGGACGUAGCCGCGGCUGCCGACGACACUUUCGGAAUAGAAGUUAUUGUUGCAGAGGGCGAUAAAACAGCGCCAUGUUGCCCGCAUGGUCCAACCUUGUUAUUUGAAAAAGUUGGAAAAGGAGGUGAGAAAGGCCGGAGGUUUUAUGCCUGCUCAGCCUGUAGAGACAGAAAAGACUGCAACUUUUUCCAGUGGGAAGAUGACAAGGUGUCAGAGGCCAGGUUGUUGGCCAGAGAGGCAGAGAACAAGUUGAAGAGGCCUCCGUUCACUCAGCAGGAGUACAGCACAAGGUUCAGAAAGUUUGCCGCCCUCCGGCUGGAUGAGAAGAAGUUCUGUCAGGAUUGUCAGAUGCUGCUCCUUCCAGGAGAUCUCAGCGCCCACUCCUCCCACAGAUCCACCGCCAUCAUUGCAGCUCAGCUGAGGAGGCCCAGCGCGCUGCUGCGUCCGCUGGACAACAAGAAGAGCAACGCCCAGUACCUGUUCACCGACCGCAGCUCCCACUUUUUGCUGGACACUCUGGCCGGUCUGGGAUACAAGAAGGUGCUGUGUGUGGGAACACCCAGACUGCAGGAGCUGAUCAAGUUGAGAAACCUGGAGCAGAAACACGAGCCAAUGAAGAGUCUCCUGCUGGACAUCGACUUCAGGUACGCCCAGUUCUACAGCCAGGAUGAGUUCUGUCACUACAACAUGUUCAAUCAUCACUUCUUUAAUGGAGAGGUAUCCAGUGCAGUCUUGCAGGCCUUUCUCAGACAGUCUGACGGGGAGAAGGUGGUGAUGGUGGCUGACCCUCCAUUCGGUGGCCUGGUGAAGCCUCUGGCCAACAGUUUCUCUCUGAUCUCAAAGACAUGGAAGAAGCUACAGAGCUCUGACGGCAGUAAUAUGGACAUGCCCAUGAUCUGGAUCUUCCCGUACUUCUUUGAGCCUCGUAUCCUGGAGUGUCUACCUUCAUUCAUCAUGCUGGACUACCAGAUUGACUAUGACAACCAUCCUCUGUAUAAGCAUGGGAAGACAGGCAGGAAGCAGUCUCCUGUCAGGCUGUUCACUAACAUCUCUCCCAGAGACAUUGUCCUUCCCAAAGAAGAGGGCUACAGAUUAUGCUCUGUAUGUGAGAGAUACGUAUGGUCCCUCAACAAGCACUGUGCUAAAUGCAACGUCUGCCCAUCUAAGGACGGCCGUGAGUGGAAGCACUGCUCAGAAUGUGGGAAAUGUGUGAAACCAUCAUGGAGACACUGUCAGUCUUGUGGCCACUGUGCCCUCCCAGACCACCCAUGUGGCCACAGCCAAGGAAAGGAGGGCUGCUUCAACUGUGGAAGCCUGGAGCACAAACGCAAAGGCUGCCCUCUCAAAGAUUCACACAGGAUCAACAAUCAUCGGUCCAAAGCCAAGAAUGGAAGCAAAAAUGUAUCCCAUCGUCCUCUUUUCAAGCCUAAGGCUAAGAGGAAGUCCGGAGCAGCUCGCAGAGCAAAGAAGGCAGCUGCUCAAUCUAAAUGACCUCAGAGUUCAUGCAGUGUCUUGUCAGCUGUGCAAUCACAAGCAAUGUUUUUUUUGUUUUGUUUAAACUCAAAUUGCAGUUCUUAACAGUUUUAAUAAUUGUUUCAGUAGAAUAAAAAGUAAUACAAAGAGAA